CGAUAAUAAAAGUAUAUUUAAAGUUAUAAACAAAUGGCAUAAACUGAACUUAAUACGAUUAUUAUACCAUAACACGGUGGAAUACUGUUAUCGGUGUACCAAUAGAUAACGAAUUUUGAAUAAUGAAUACUCUAUUUUGCUAAAUGAUAUAGGUAAACCCGUUAGUAUUGGGUAUUGUAAAACUUGGAUAUAACAGAUAUAUAAGCUGUUUAAAUGACACCUUCCGAAACUAAUGGAAAAUGUGGAAAUGGUAAAGAUGAUCCAAAGAAAAUUGCCGCAUAUCUGUUGGUUGGAUUUUCGGUACUUCUAACGCUUAGAGUUGGUAUGAAUGGAUCCAUAUUUUGUAUGAAACGAUUUAGGUUACCUGAACAUUUAUUUAGUCUUUACGUUAGUAGAGUUCACAAUGCUAUAGAACUAAGUGGGUUUGCUGGAGUUACUGUUGGUACCAUUUAUACUAUAAAAUAUAAUACUAACGGAGGCGGUGAACAAAAGUGUGAAAAGGUAUCAAUCGGGGUUAAUUGGCUAUUCUUUGCUAUUAAUAUAGUCCUAUUAUUUGUAUAUGUCACUGGUGGUGAAGAAGGCCAUUUAACUGACUUUUAUUGGACAUUAGCACUUUCGGCUUUUGUAUACGGAUUAAAUUUGUCAUUUAUUCGUAAAUUGGCAGGGGAAUGUACAGUUUAUUAUUUGGCCACAUUACAUGUUUCCGGUAUUUUUUCAUCUGUUUAUCACUUUCUAUUUUUGAGGUUAUUUGGUAAUAAGAGGAAGUAUGACACCGAUUUUCAUAUUAUUACCUGGCAAAUUAUUUUAUCUAUAUUAAUUACAGGGGCAACUGCCGGUCUUUGGACUUCUGUUUAUCACAAUUGUGGUGUUGACAAAGAAAAAUGCGGUGAAAAUGGUUCAAAACAAGACGAAAGUAACGGCUCUGGGUAUGCUGCAAUAUCACCGGUGACAAUGUGUAUUUUUGCUCAGGGUGUUGUUUACGUUUUUUAUCCAGCCAUAGCACCUGGACUACUUGUGGAUUUUAGACAUGUAACUAAGAUCGAUCAGGCUCUUCUUAUUAUUGCUCCCAUUCCAUCAAUCACUUUUGCAAUUCUUGAUGCCACUGUCAACGCAAAUUACUCACCUAAGAAUCAAUGGUCAGGUGAAAAGGCGUAUUGGAAUUUAACACUCAUAUUUAUUCCAAUUAUGAUAAUUUGUGGUUAUUUAUUUAUCAGGGCUCUCCACUAUCCCUAUUCAGCAGCAUCUUUAGCUAUUAUGAAUAAACCUGGUGUGGUUGGAUUUUUGGCUAUUUUGUUUUAUGUAAGUCAUAUGGUACUUCUUUCUAUUGGAUAUCCAGGCGUAGAAAAGAAUUGGAACUCCACAGGUUCUACUGUUACAGGCUUCCUUGCAACUUUUGCCAUGAUUAUUUUCGUAUUUUUGUCUGAGGGUUAUAUAAACGAGUUCAAAAAGCAUGAUAGAGCAUAUUGGCCAACAACUGGAUUGUCAAAUAGGAGAGCCUUUGGAUUUUGGUUCGAUAAAGCACUUCAAAAUGGAUUCAAAAACUUUCUCUUGAUAUUCAGUCGUGAUCUUAGAAGAGAUUUAUUAUCAGCACUUGAUUAGAG